AUGUGUGGAAUUUUUUGUCUGGUGAGUCUGUCAUCUGCCCACUUUGAGUGGGACAAAAUGGUGUAUGAGCAUCUGCGGAGUAGAGGGCCAAACUCCAGCCAGGAUCUCACAGUCAUAAGUGCAGACUCUAGCUUCAGGUGCUUAUUCUCUGCCCAUGUUCUCCACAUGAGGGGUCUCCUUACACCUCAGCCUUUUGAAGAUGCCUUUGGAAACAUUCUGGUGUGGAAUGGAGAGAUUUUUGGAGGACUGCCAGUGAUGCCAGAGGAAAAUGACACAGCUGUUAUGUCCAAGAGAUUGUCAGCCUGCAGUGAGCCUUCAGAGAUUCUUACUGUCUUGUCUGCUGUACGGGGACCAUGGGCGUUUGUUUACUACCAGAAGGCUGGAGAUUAUCUCUGGUUUGGCAGAGACUUCUUUGGCAGACGGAGCUUGUUGUGGAAAUUUGAUCCAGACAUAGGUGCCCUCACCCUGACUUCUGUUGCAGCCCAGAUAUCUACAUAUGAUUCGGCCCACUGGAAAGAAAUCCCAGCAGCAGGUGUGUACAGGAUUGAUCUAAAGGCAGCUGCUGAAGCUGUUUCUAUGUCACUUGAGAUUUUCCCAUGGACUCACGCAGGAAUUAAUGUUAUACCUCAUUGCUGUGAAGUUAUAUUUGAAUCUUUGCCCUGUGGCUGUAGUGGUGUGAUGAACAAAUCAGGCCUGGCUCUGGCCUCACCUGUGUGCCCUCUGAAUAUGUCCAUUCCAAAGUCAUCAGAUAAGACAGAGAUUCAUCAAGACUCAUAUUUAUCCAUUAGUGAUCUGGAAGAGCUUCUGAUGAGUAAACAGAAAACUGAUGAGGUUAGCCAUCUUUUCAGAGUCCUCAGUGAGGCAGUGAGGCGACGGGUUCAGUCUCUGCCUUUCAAAGAACCGGAAUACACGCAUCUCACUAAUAAAAAUGCUAGCAUAGGUGUACUUUUUUCAGGAGGUAUCGAUUCAAUGAUUUUGGCAGCCUUGGCAGACCAACAUGUACCUGCUCAUCAGCCAAUAGACCUUCUCAAUGUAGCGUUUAAAAUACUGGAGCCAAAACAGAUGACUGGGUCUGCAAAAAAAACUCAAAAGCACAAAAAGACACCCACAAAUCCCAAGACGGCUAAGACUGGCUCCCAGACGCUAAGUCCUUUUGAUGUUCCCGACAGACUCACAGGAAAAGCUGGUCUCAAAGAAUUACGAGACUUGAAUCCUGAAAGGCAAUGGAAUUUUGUCGAAAUCAAUGUGACGCAGGGGGAGCUUCAGGAAAUGCGACAGGAGCGCAUUUGUCAUUUAGUGCAUCCACUGGAUACAGUGUUGGAUGAUAGCAUCGGAUGUGCAAUGUGGUUUGCUGCAAGAGGAACCGGAGUCAUCACAAAGGAUGGUAGCCAGAGGCCUUUCACAUCAUCAGCGAAGGUUAUUCUGACAGGAAUCGGGGCAGAUGAGCAGCUAGCAGGCUACUCAAGACACAGAGUCCAAUAUAAGAUGUUUGGACAUGAAGGACUUGUCCAGGAGCUAGCCACUGAGUUGGGCAGGAUAUCCUCAAGGAACUUAGGCCGAGAUGACAGAGUGAUAGGGGACCAUGGCAGGGAAGCUCGGUUUCCCUACUUGGACGAAGAUGUGGUGAGUUAUUUGAACUCGCUACCGGUGUGGAAGAAGGCUGAUCUGUCUCUUCCGCGUGGCGUUGGAGAAAAGCUCCUCCUGAGACUUACGGCGAAGCAGUUGGGUCUUGGUCAGUCAGCUGUGCUGCCCAAAAGAGCCAUGCAGUUCGGCUCCCGCAUUGCAAAGAUGGAAGCUGGCCAUGAAAGGGGUUCUGAUAAAUGCACAAGACUCCUCCCUUGA